CAGGCCCCUCCAACGGGACAUGAUCCAAUGGAACAUAUAUAUAGAAAGCUGUCAUGAUCGAUGAAAUUACAAAACGCUUUAUCCAAUUAUUUUAAUUUAAUUUAAUAGCUUGCUGCCCUAUAGAGACUUUCGUUCUUUUCUUUGUCCUUUUUUCCUGUCAAAUAAUAUAUGUUGCCGGCCAAUAUAUUAAAUUAAAUUAAUAAUAUCUAUAUGUACCCAGUUACCUAGCUAGCGGUUGGGACAUGAUCAGUUUCACUUUCACCUGUUCCUUUCAGAUUUGGCUGAGGCGCUAUAUUAGUAUUUGUUGUUGUUUCUUCUUCUUCUUCUUCUUUGUGUUUUUUUGUCUCAAGGAUGACUGCUAUUACCCCCAGCCUUCUUCAGCAUCCCUUCCAUCAACAUGCCCUGGUCUUGCAAGAGCUGAGCGAAAGUUUCAGCUGGGAAUGCAGGAUCUGCCGUUUCUCUGUGGAAGGCAGUCCGGUCUACCAUUGCAUAGACUGCGAGUUCUUCCUCCACAAGUCGUGCGCCGAGUUGCCUCCCCGGAUUCAACAUCCCUCUCAUCCACAGCACCCGCUUGUAUUGUCCACAUCAAGCCGGAGUUUUCGCUGUUAUGGGUGUCGUUACGCGCUACAUGGUAAUUUCAUCUAUCAAUGUCAUGACUGUGAAAUAGACUUACAUGUGGGAUGUGCAGCUGCAACUCUCCCUCCUCCUGAAAAAGAAGAGCAUAAGGACGAGCAAAAGCACGAGGACAAGGACCACCACGAGGAGGAGAUGAUUGAGCACUUUGCGCACGACCAUCCUCUUGCAUCCUUCCACGUGGAUGCGCCAAAUUAUAUCAAAUGCAAGGCAUGCGGCCAGGGGAUCUCCGGUUGCGUUUAUGGUUGUCGUGCCUGCAUAUUCGUGCUGCACGAAUUUUGCGCUCUAGCACCCCGAGAAAUAAUGAAUCAUCCUCUCCAUCCACAGCACCCGCUCACCUUGCUUGCUGAUCUCGAGUGUAAGAUUAAAUGCCAUGUAUGCAAGUAUGACCCUCCGUUUGCAUACGACUGUAAUGAAUGUGGUUUCAUUCUCGAUGUGAAUUGUGCUGUUUCCAUUAUGCAUCCUCCUCCUCGAAAUGAUCAGAGUCGCAGCACAGACGAUAGGCGAGAUCAGAUCCAUCAUUUUUCCCACCCCCACCAACUGACAUCUUUUCAUUCAAAAAAGGAGCUUGAAGCCACCUGCAACGUCUGCAGGAAAGAUAUAUCGGGUGAUUUUUACUGUUGCCCUGGCUGCCCUUUCCUGCUCCACCAAUCGUGCGCCGAAUUGGCCCAAGAGAUUGUGCACCCUCUUCAUCCAGACCACCCUCUCAUAUGCCAACCAGGUUAUCGGGAUUGCUCUCUCUGCUCUGAUUAUGUGUGUGCCUUUGUAUUCAAGUGUGAAGAGUGUCUCUUUUGCCUUCAUUUGAGAUGUGCUCUCCAAACUCUCUCUGCUACGAAAGAGGAAUUAACUCUUAACAGUGAGCUUCUCCAUAAACACCCCACGAGGCUUCAGUUUCUAACUGGGGGAUAUAAGUGUAUUGUCUGCGAGUGGCCUGUUACAGGUCUAGGUUAUGUCUGUGAAAUUUGUGGCCACGUGAAGAUCCAUAAAACCUGUGCUGAGCUACCACGUGAAUCAGAACGACAUCCUAUUCACCCACAGCAUCUGCUCGUUCUUCUUCCUCAGCCAUUCGAUACAUCAAAGCCUUGCUCUGCAUGUCUUAAAAACAUACGGAGCUCUGAUAGAUUCACCUUUUUCUGUGAUUAUUGUAAGAUCCAGUUCCAUGCACAUUGUGCUAUGAGGAGGCCAACUCUAAAACACCAGCGUCACGAGCACAACCUAUCCUAUUUCAAAAAGAUUGGCCGCGAGCUCUACAGGGCACAAUGCAAUGUGUGUUAUGAUGAUUGCAGGAUUGACUUCUACCGUUGUGUUCCGUGCAACUAUAAUCUUCACUUCAGUUGCACGCCUCUGCCCCAUUCCGUUAGACACGAGCUCCACUUCCAUCCGUUGGUGCUCCAUGAUAGAGUUGUUGAUGACUUUUAUGAUGAGCAAUACUGCGACCUGUGUGAGACACCUAGGCAUCCAGACCACGGUGUUUAUUAUUGCGGCGAGUGUAAUUGUGCUGCUCAUAUCAACUGCGUCAUCCCCAAGCUCCAGGAAGAACCCGAGAAAAGUAGACAAAGGGAAGACCUUAUGCUCAAGCAACUGGAUGGACAAAUUUCCAGUAAAGAAGUGGAGGCGGAGGCAUUGAAGAAAAAAUCAGAAAUGGUAAUGAAAGAUCUGGAGGAACUUGAGAAAAAGAAACAAGAGAUAUUAAGCUCUCGGGCACAACGGGAAGCAGAGUCGGACAUGCCAUGAACAUGGAGUCUCGUAAUGCUUUCUCUUCGCAUAUUUUUCAUGCUAAUAGGUAUCUCAUGCAUCCAUUGGCCAAAGUAGAUCUUAUUCACGUCUGUUAACAGUAGAUCUUAUUUUGCACUUCUCUUCUGAUUAUGGCCUGAAGUUACUUUUUAAGUACUAAAUUGUUGAAAACGAAGUGCUCAAGUCCUUCUGAAAAGACAAUUGUGUGAUCUGCACUCUCAUGAGUUACUAUAAACUUUCUUUACUUGUUCUUUUAUUCA